AUGCAAUACGAUCGUGUGCAAAUCUUAGUUGAUAAAUUCCGAGAGGACAAAUACAUUUUAAAGGUAUAUGAAAAAAUAUACAAAUUGAACAAAUGUAAAAUUUAUAGAAAUGUCAAAGUAGCGGAUAUAGAAAAAAGGAAGAGGGGAGAGCAGAAAACUUGUGCAGGGUAUAAUGACACAAGCAUUGGCGAGUCUAAAAGGGGAUACCUGAAUGAGUGCAAGGGGACAUGUCAAAACGAGCAAGGAGAGAAAAAAGCUAAUGGAGAAGAAACCCGUUUGCAGGAUGUAAUCGAAAUUGUGAACAGAAUGCUGUACUACUACACAAACGAAACACUCAGACAAUUUAGUGAAAAUGACAAAGAACUUAUUGAUAUUUAUAACAAAAUUGAUAAGUGUAGCAAUUUAUGUGAAGAUGUAGACAAAGUUUUAAAUAUGCAUAAAAAUAAAAUAAAAGAUAUUUCAAGUGACAUAAAUAAUAUACAAAUAUUAACUGAAAACAUGAGCGAUAAAUUAAAUAACAGAAAAUUAACCCUAGAAUUGUUAAACACAUAUAUAAAAAUUAUUCUUGUUACACCUCAAUUAAUAUAUGAUAUUUGCAAUUCUGAAAUUAAUGACAAUUUUGUAAAAAGCGUGCACAUAUUAUCCAAGAAACUAGAAAAUUGUAAACAUUGCUUAUAUGAUUCUUAUCCAAGUAUAAAAUGUUCUUAUAUAGAAUUAGAGAAAUUAAAAACUAAAGCCAUAGAUAGGAUUUACAUGUUUUUUUUACACAAAUUUCAUGAUAUAAGAAAUAAAAAAAUUAACAUUCACUUUAUUCAGCAAAAUUUAAUUAAGUUUCAUCAAUUGAAUUUAUUCCUUUACAACAAUUCCUUCCAUGUUUACACCUACUUAAUAAAGGAAUAUAUAGCCAUUAUGAAUCGCACAUAUUACAAUCUCUUCAAAAAUUAUAUGAAUAGUUUGGACGCAAAGAAAGUUGAAUUCAGUUCAGAGAAAACUGUUGGUUCCGGUAGCACAUAUACAAAUUACACAGGUCUUCAGAUGGACGAACCGAGUUCUACUAAUGAAAUUGCAACUGCUGCUAAUGACACAUUAACUAUUACUAAUGUCAUACCAAGUAGCACUAAUGUCAUACUUAGUACUACUAAUGUCAUACCUAGUACUAUUAAUGUCAUACCUAGUACUACUAAUGUCAUACCAAGAAUCACUAAUGAUAUUGCAAAUACCACCAAUGAUUCCCUCGUUUCGAGCUUAAAUGCCAAUCUAAGUCUACAAAGCGCGACAAACAAAAUGAUGAAUAUGCUGGGAUUCGGAACCAAAGGAAAUAGCACCCAAAACAAGAAGGAAAGUAUUUUUACUUUGAACAAUAGGAUCAACAUUUUAAGUGAUCUGCCCUAUUACACAGACAUAUCUGCAAGUUUUGAGUUACCCAUAUCUUUGCAAGGGGAAGGGGAGAAACACACACAGGAAUCCUUACCUAUAAUUUUUACAACAGAUACAUCUCCACAUUUCUUUGAAGACAUUUACAAGUCUAUUAACAAAUUGCUAAUAGACACAGGUACAACGGAGUAUACUUUUUUGUCAACAUUUUUUAAAAAUUAUGAAAACCACGAUUUUUUAUUUUUAUGUAUUUACUCAAAAACGAUAUCCCUAAACUUUGAUUUUAUAUAUUAUUACCUGAACGAGACGUUUGAUUUUAUUUCCCUUUUUUGUAUAUACAUAAUAAAUAUGAACAAUGCAUAUAUUGUCAAUAUGAGGAAAAUUUACCCAUUGUAUGAAUUUAUUAACAGGAUUCAAAACUUAAUUUGGAAUCGAAUUCAGUACAUUAUAAUUGAAAAUAUCAAAUCUUUAACUCAUAAAUAUAGGAUUGUUAACCAUAUGAAUAACAUCCCAGUUAAUCCAAAUGGAGCAAAAAAAACUAUCUACGAUUUUUUUUAUAUUCAUCAGAACAGUUAUAUCAACACAAGUAAUAUAAAUAACAGCAUUAACACGGCAGGUAAUUAUUCACAUUCUGUGAGUAGUGUCAAUUGCACGCCUUCCUCUAAUGUCCGUCUUAUCGACAAGGGGGAAGGCGAGAAAGGAGAGAAAAAAGAAAAAGUUGAAAUGGUAGAAAAUGGCGAAAUUGGAGAAAACAUCAAAAUUGGAGAAAAUGGAGAAAUGGGAGAAAAUGGCGAAAUUGGAGAAAAUAGAGAAAUGGGAAAAAAUGGCGAAAUUGGAGAAAAUAUCAAAAUGGGAAAAAAAAAAAUAAACGUAGGAAAGACAUUGCAGCGGGACGCGUUGCAAGAAUCGACUAGCCAAAUUAUCAAACGCAACCAAACGGAUACUACUUUUCCACAUUUUUCCACAGAAUAUAAAAAAAUGAAUAAUAAUUAUUCUCAUUCACAAAAUUUAAUAAAAACUCAAGUACAUCCCAUUGUUAAGCGUUUUUCUGAUUUCUACUGCUCCUUGGUCCUUCUUACAAAAUUAUCCUUCCAUUUUGAAAAAAAACAUCGCGAAGAAAAAAUAUGUUCUGACAUUGUCAUCACUGGGGAAAGGGAAAAUGUUCCAAAAAAUUAUGACUGUUCAGGUGAAAUGGAAAAAAAAGAGAAUGCCAAUCAGCUAAACUAUGUUAAAGAUGAUAAAAAUAUUUCGAAUAAAGGGGAGAUAUCAAAAUCAAUUUCAGCUACUACCACGGAUAGUAUCUCACAAGACAAUCUAAAAAAAACAAAGGAUAGUAUGAAAAUGGUCAAACCUUAUGACCAUUCAGAUGGAAAUAACAAUCACAGAGAUAACAGAAACUUAGCAGAUUCUAAGAACAACGAUAUGAUGACGAUUUGUGAAAAGAACGAAUUUAAUGACCAGGUCAAAUUAAAUAAUGAUAAUGUAAGAGAAAAUCUCAAGGAGGAAAGUGAAGAAACAAAAGUUAUUGGAGGUCACUCGAACAGACCAUAUAACAUCAUGCAAGUGGGAGAAAGAACAAAUGAAGAAGAAGCGAGAGGAUCGAAGGUGGAGAAGGACGAGACGGAAAUCACAUCAAAUGGAAAAAAAAAUACAAUUACACAUGCAAAAGAAAGUGAUAUGAUUAACACAAAAUAUAAACAGGUAAAUAAUCUAAUCAUAAAGUUAGAAGAGAAUUUAAUUGAAAAUUUACAUAAUUACGCGAGAGAAUUUGUAUUGGCACGAGAUCAGUUUCAGUUUUUGAUUAACAACUAUUGUCAUUUGAUAGAUGUUAUGAAGAGAUAUAAAAUAGACGAAGAGAAAAUUGAACGAUUUGAUAAAUUAUUAAAAAAAGAAAUUAAUUCAUACAUUGAGUAUCAACUAAAUGAAUACAUAACGGAUUUAAUUCUGUUUGUUCAUAAACAUGAAGAAAUAUAUGACAAUUUAAGUGAAGAUGAUGGAUAUGAUCUCUCUAAUUUCAUACAACAUGUAGAUGUAAAAUUAAUGGAAUCUAUUGCUAUUCAAUUUACUAAAACAUGGAAAAAUCUUCUUAAAAAUAUUAAACAAGAAGUUAUUCGUUCCUUUACCAACCUGGAUAAUUCUUUACGUAUAUUAAAAAUGUUGAACACGCAAAUUCUUUUAUAUUUUACCAGAUUUCAUCAACUUAUCAAGAACAUUUUUGUAAAUUCACAACCCCCACCUUAUAUUCAGAAAUUACCAUCUGUGGACAUUGUCCUCAUUCAAAUUAAGAAAGACUUCAAAAAUGUGGACUCCUAA